UCACAUAGAAGAUAACGCUUCCCAUUGCCAAGUGCCAAUGACAGACGGUUCUAUAUUCCACACGAAGUUGCACCUGUUCAUCUCCUUCCUUUGUGUGUUGAAACUUGAUACCCAUUUACUCUUUUGUUCUCAUCCUCCAAGUCCAUUUCAGUUCUGAUUACCCUCAUCCCCAAUUUGUUUUCCACAUUUCAUUCAUAUCAGAUAUUAACGUGCAACGAAAAUGUAUGCUCUUCGUUUGAGAUCUCCCCACAGCAACCCAAGAAUUUUUGUCAAACCUGUCAAUCCUGCUACGAGAUUUAUUGUGGUGCCAAAGCGAUUUCACGAACCUGUUGGAUAUGAAAUCAAUAAUGUUGUUCAGUUGCAAGAUCCUGUGGGGAACACCUUUAAUUUGUCAUACUACUUCAAUCAAGGAGACCACAGAAUUGGGGCUGGAUUGUUUAACAUUCUAUCAGUUCAUGAAAUACAACAUACUGUUAUGGUGCACUUUCUCUAUCGUGGACAGGCCAGAUUUAAUAUCCACAUCUUUGAUCCAUUUAGCAGGGAGAUUAGAUACAAUGUUGCUCCUCAGCUUCCUCCUCAGAUAAAUCUUAUCAUUGAUGAUGCUGAAGACAAUGAUAAUUCAUCCAGUGAUGAGGAGACCAAUUAUGAACAUCAAGAUGCACCUUGGUUUGAGAAGAUUUGGGAAACUGAUAUUACUGCUGCACAGAUAUAUGAUUAUCAGACUGUGACUAUUUCAAGUCAUGUGCAGCAAACGUUUUUCCCCAACCUUCCUCCUGUUAUAAAUGUUUUGCUUCCUGAUGACACUAUUGCACGGUGGCACAUUACUUGGCGUCUUCCACGCCAUCCAACUGUAGGGGCAUCUGGCAAUGGUGGGAGGAUUGGUGAGUUGGCUGCAGGGUGGUGUGACUUCUAUAUGAAUAAUAUCAUCAACCAUGACAAUUAUGGGCAAGUUCACAGAAUUGAACUAUGGCAGUCAUCUGAAUCUGAUACCUACAUUGUUUACUUUUAUGAUGUGUGAUUUUAUACAGUGUUUGAAUGAUUGUGUUGUACUACUUCCUUUUCAUGUUUUGAACAAUUGUCUGUUUCAUGGUUUGUUCCAUUAGACAUUAUGUGAAAUACUAUGCUAUUUUGUGUGUGA